AUGUCUCGUCAAAUGACGAAGGAAGAUGCUGCACGCAUCCAAUCCGCCACAGCACGUGGAGGUGGCGACAUGAGCUCAGGAGGCUUCCCAGCUCGCGCUCAGUCGGCAGCGGCUCGCAACGAGAACGCCCGCACUUCUUCCACCACCGCGAACACCAAUAGUGCGGGUUCAAACGACAACAACAACAACACCGGUGGAAAGCGUAACUAA